AAAGAAGCCGUAGGCAUGACCUCAGGACCCACGCGGGGCUGGGAGCUGACUUCGCUGCAUGUGACCCACACGUUGCUUCCCACAUCAUUGGAAGGACUUGCACAGCUUCUUUGUAUGUCCAAAUUAGCAAGACGCAGUCAAGAACGAGACAAUCUUGGCAUGCUGGUCUGGUCGCCUAAUCAGAAUCUAUCAGAAGCAAAACUGGACGAGUACAUCGCCAUCGCCAAGGAGAAGCACGGCUACAACAUGGAGCAGGCUCUUGGGAUGCUCUUUUGGCACAAGCAUAACAUUGAGAAAUCCUUGGCUGAUUUGCCCAACUUUACCCCCUUCCCAGACGAGUGGACUGUGGAAGACAAAGUCUUGUUUGAGCAAGCCUUUAGUUUCCACGGGAAAACUUUCCAUAGAAUCCAACAGAUGCUUCCUGACAAGUCGAUAGCGAGUCUGGUGAAAUUUUACUACUCGUGGAAGAAGACGAGGACUAAGACCAGCGUGAUGGAUCGCCACGCUCGCAAGCAGAAGCGAGAGCGGGAGGAAAGUGAGGAUGAACUGGAAGAAGCAAAUGGAAACAACCCCAUUGACCUUGAGAUUGAUCAGAAUAAGGAGAGCAAAAAGGAGGUGCCUCCUGCUGAGACAGUCCCUCAGAUCAAGAAAGAAAAGCAUAGCACCCAAGCCAAGAACAGAGCCAAGAGGAAACCUCCGAAGGGAAUGUUCCUCUCCCAAGAAGACGUGGAGGCCGUGUCUGCGAACGCCACCGCGGCCACCACGGUGCUGCGCCAGCUGGACAUGGAGCUGGUCUCCAUCAAGCGCCAGAUUCAGAACAUUAAACAGACCAACAGUGCUCUCAAAGAAAAACUCGACGGUGGAAUUGAGCUGUACCGACUUCCCGAGGUCAUUCAGAAGUGCAACGCGCGCUGGACCACAGAGGAGCAGCUGCUCGCCGUGCAAGCCAUCAGGAAAUACGGCCGGGACUUCCAGGCCAUCUCGGAUGUGAUUGGGAACAAAUCAGUGGUACAAGUGAAAAACUUUUUUGUAAAUUAUCGACGCCGCUUCAACAUAGACGAAGUUUUACAAGAAUGGGAGGCGGAGCAUGGGAAGGAAGAGACCAAUGGGCCCAGCGGCCAGAAGCCCGUCAAGUCCCCGGACAGUGCUCUCAAGGUCGCCGAGGAGGAGGAGGAGGCUGCUUCUGUUCUUGACGUCAGAUAUGCAUCUGCCUCCUGAGAAACGCAGGCAGCUUCCGCACGUGGUAUGGGCGUCUGUGUUCCCGGACAUCAGGUAUGACAAGGCUUCACCUAGCCAUCUGCUCACAUCUGUGGACAAGAAGCUAUUACCAAAAACGGCAACACUUCCGGUCCUGUGCUACAUCUGCCUUAAUUCUUUGCUCGUUCCUCCAUGUUGGCGCCACUUCCCGGAGAGCUCCGUGCAUCUCACGCGCGGUCUACGUGCUGGGAUCUCGUGGCUGCACGGCGCCCUGGCCCUGGGGCCGCCUCCCCAGGCAGGGCUCCGGGCCCCCCAUGGCAGCUCUCCCCAUCCGUCCGCAGCUUCCGAGCAGGUGGCCGACUGGAAGGCGCGCCUCUUCCUGCAUGGCCUGGAUCGCUCCCCUGUGCAUCAUGUCGUUCUCAGCAACUGGACCUGUUGGCCUUCUGGGGGGGUCUCCGGUUCCGUUCGGAGGCCCCCACCUGAGAUCAUGUUUCUGGAUGUCACCGUGUGUGCAGACUGCACUGUCCCCUUCAUCGUGCCAAACGCCCCGAUUCGAUCCUGUUCCCCGGAAGCAGGUGCAAUGAUGGCUGAUGAAUCUAGUUGGCGUUGACCUCUCCUGCCUUCCCGGCUGGUAGAAAGCUGGUUCGCAGCAGCUCUCUUUGGACACGUAGCUUAAAAGGAACGUGGGCUCCAUCCUCUGCCUUCAGCUCUCAGCAUCGCAGCCCGGGAUGGGUGCCGCCCUCUUUUCCCGGUUCCCCCACCAACUCCCGGAGAUUUGGUCCGUGCCCUGCACUGGUGCUUGUACACUUGGACUUGGUGCCUUCUCCUCGGGCAGCGCAUUCUCAGUCCCUUUUCUGCUUCAGUGUCGUAGCUCUUUCACGUCCAUUGCUUGCCAAAGAUGACACCACCGGGCGUGAGAGAGCCCGCCGCCGGCCUGAAGGGGCAGGCUUCAAUGGCAGGCAGUCCACACGGAACAGUAGCCGGGAGGGUUUCUAAAAGUGCACGUUGCUCCCCUCCUCCUGGGCAGCCUGGCUUCUCCCUGUCACUCCACACCCCUUGGUCCUCAGGCCCCGAUGAGGCCACACGGCCCCGCCCUCUCCCACAGCGUAGCACAGAGCGAGGUGGGAGCAGGUGGCCGGUGCUGGUGAGCCCACGGCGAGAGCACACAGCCCGCAGUGGCUGCACUGCCUCUGGUUGGCCUGGGAGCAAGUGAAACUUCUAAUGAGCGUCCUGAGACUCCCAGCGUCGCUGCUGCUCUCGGCCAACCGGAGCUGCUGCGGGCUGUGGGGAGCCUGGCGGCCGAUCCCCCGCAGCUCCGCCUGCACGAGCCACGCUGCAGGCGCUUUCUGUGGUUGUUCUCCCAUCAUUUAAACACUUUUCCUGCUUUCAAUACCAAAAAAGAAAGAAGUGCGAGGCUUUAAGGCGAGUAAGCAAUUCUUAAGAAUUUGAAAUAUGCAAUUAAAAUUGGAUGUGUUUUGACGCAAGCACCUUGCCUUUUUUAAGUCAGCUGAUUUUAGGAAGAGGGUCAGCUAGAAUCAUAGCUUGUUUGGAUUUGGACCUUUUGUUUAAAGGAACCUGGGCAAAGGUUGUUCGGAAGGGGCAGUAAGAUGGGACUUUCUGAGCUCGCCGCCUCUGUCCCUGCAUGGGAGUCCGAGCAGGUGAGGGCAGUCGGGAGGCAGAGGGCAGUCCAGCCACGGUCCUGCCCGGGCAGGGAGCGAGAUAACACUAGGAACCGCCCACGCUCGGUUUUCUCUGCAUCGCAAGCCUGCUGUGUCAUUGCAAGCGCAGGGACCAUGGGGAGGGGUCAUACUUUUGCACAUCGCAGUAAGGGGCACGGCCUGGGGCAGGGGCUUUAGGCUCCCUUGCUGCUUCUCAUGGUCUCCUUCCUCCCGACCUCCUUCCUCCCGGCCUCCUUCAUUCCCGACCUCCUUCCUCCCAGCCUCCUUCCUCCCUGGCCACCCUCCUCCCCAGCCUCCUUCCUCCCUGACCUCCUUCCUUUCUGGCCUCCCUCUUCCCAGCCUCCUUCCUCCCCAGCCUCCCUCCUCCCCGGCCUCCUUCCUCCUCGGCCUUCUUCCUCCCCGGCCUCCUUCCUCCCUGAGGCAGCAGGGGCCUCCUGCAGGGGCUCUCACUCUGCCAGCAGGUUGUCCUCCCCUUGGCCCAGGCUGUGUUCCUUGGGAACUGGUCCCGGCCGCAGGGAGCUUGGUGCCCGUCCUGCAGCGAGGCAGGGCCAGGUCUCGGCCUGCUCGGCACCACGUGCUCUUUGGUCUUCACCUGCUUCGGCACCACCGCGCUGGUCUUCCCGCCGGCACCACAGCUGACAUGGGCUCUGUCUCCGAGGAAAAGGGGCCCGUGGUUUCCAUUGGCCAGAAGGAAGAGACGUCGUCUUGGCCUGGCUGCUUCCGCCCGUGUCACACCUAAGAUAGCACUGUGUGCUCAGCUGUUCUUACACUGUCUUUGCAAUGAUGUAAAUGCAAGAAACCACUUGGCUGACAGCGAGUGACUGGUCUUACCGAUGUGAGACCCUUUUAAACAUAUCAAGACUUCGGUGCAUCACAGGUGUGCGUGGGGUGGGAGGUCAGGGACCGUGUUCCCUCAGCUUUGUCUUAAAGAGUAUCAAUGUGAAUGUCAUAAUUAUAUCUAUUUUUGUGGAA